GUCCGAAACAUCGCUAUUCCAAAGAAUUUUUUGUUGGGUCCCUACGAUUUCGGAUAAACGGUGCUCAACUGUAUAUAUCAAAACUAAGCUUCAACAAGUGACGGCAGACGGAAGGGGAAGAGGAAAUCAACCAGUCAAGACAUGGAGGCAGACGUGGUCAAAAAGAAGAAACCAGUCAUAUCAAGCUUCAAACAGCCGACUGUUAUUGAACAACUGAAGUAUAUUCUAGCAGAAUAUCCAGAUGGAGGACAAAUAUUGAAGGAACUGAUACAAAACGCCGAGGAUGCAGGGGCAAGAACGAUGGGCAUACUUCUGGACGAGAGAAGACUUAACAGGACGGACGAAACAAGUCCUGCACAAUGCAAGAAAUUCUUUCAGGCUCCAGCCCUGUGCGUUCACAACGAUGCCGAAUUUGCUGAACAAGACUGGAAAGGAAUCAUCAUGAUAUAUAACAGUGUAAAAAAGUUUGACAUACUAAAAGUCGGACGUUUCGGACUCGGGUUCAAAUCAGUUUUUCAUUUAACAGAUAACCCCUGCAUAAUCAGUGGGAAACGCAUGCUGUUGAUGGACCCGCUUCAUCCGGCUGGCUGCGAACCGGCACCAAUGGAAAUAGGAGAUCUAGGCGAAAUGGAAGGGUUUUAUACAAACGCUUUUAUACAAGCACUUGAUGGUAAAUUUGGUUUCAAUCGAGAAACACUCUCAUCCGGAUAUUUCAGAGGAACGCUGUUCUGGUUUCCCCUCCGCGAAAUUCCGACUACGCUAUCAGACAACGUGUACACGGUGGAAAAAGUAAUGAAUUUAUUCAGGGCGUUUCAACAGGAUUCAUCUAGCAUCCUCCUUUUCUUGAAAAGUCUUUCGGAGGUGACAUUGUUUACGGAUAAUCAGUCCCAGCCGCCAGAGAGAAAAGUUUAUGCAAAGGUUAAAAUAGCGGACUCUGGCGUGAAAUGCUUGGCACAGAGAGCAACAUUUGCAUACAAAGUGAGCAGUAUGACACCUAAAAGCGCCGACAUUUCUUCAAUUAUGGAAGUUCCCAUUGAAUGUUUCUUUGACGGAAGUUCGAGUUCAAAUACUACUUGGCUUGUUGUCAAUUACGUUGUUAGUGAAUCGGCUUCGGAUGAACUUAACCGACUUAUGAACGAUGAAAGUAUUAGUCUAAGUCCAUAUGUUGGCGUUGCCGCUCCUAUGACAACAACUUCUCAGUUCAAUGGUCAUAUAUUCUGUUUCCUGCCUCUUCCGAAAGAAGGCUCGAAACUUACAGGGUUACCAUUCCAUGUAAACGGUUUCUUCGCCCUUAGCUCCAAUCGACACCACUUAAAAUGGGAAACUGAUGAAGAUAAAAAUCAACAGCAGUACGAUAAAAAUGUCCAUUGGAAUCACCUUAUGACAUCUGAAGUACUGCCGCGAGCUUACCGAUUAAUGUACGCCGCUGCAGUCAAUAAAAGUAAUACUUCUGGAAAUUCAGAAGACGAUAUCAAAAUUGUGUAUAACCUUGUACCAAAUAUCGACAAUGUUAAUGACAAUUGGAAACGUUUUGCGACGAAUGGCAUAAAAUGUAUGCAAACCGAAGAUGUUGUUUUUGCAAAUGAUGUUGGGCGAUGGGAUGUGUGUCAGAAAUGCGUAUUUGGAACAGCUGGUACGUUUGACGCAGAAGAAAUUAAAACGUCAGUGAGAUCCUCUAUGAAACGAAUGGGAAAGUCUUAUGUUGAACUUGAUGAAACUACAUUGAAAACUUUGCAGACGGUUUUUACCACGUCAGUUAUUUGUGUCUCGCCGGAUCUGAUUACUCGCUUUCUACAAGAAUCGAACGCAUACCAAUGUCUUGCUGAUGAGAUGAAAACAGACCUUUUAGUUUACCUCUCAGCUGAUAAACAGUUUAAUCGACUGCAAGGACUGAAAUUAUUGCCCCUUGCAAAUGGCACAUGGGUCAGCUUUCAAAAAGAAGGGAAUGCCUUAUUCUUUACAAGUGCGGAAGUUAUUGAAAUUUUUCCCGAUUUUAAAGACCGUUUCGUUAUAGCAACUCUAUCAUCGAAAAGCGACAUAGCAUUCCAGUCUAUAAUUGAAGAAGGGAGCUAUCACAUUUCAAACUUUUCCUCCGACGCACUCCGUACUUUCCUGCGAGAGAGUCUACAAGCAUUCGAAGACAAAGACAUGGACAACUCUUCGAAGAUAAGUCUACUGUGGCUUGAAAAAGUCUGGAGCUUGGUGACUAAACACGGUUUAGAACGUUUUAAAGAUUUGCGACUUCUACCACUACUACAAGAAGGGACAUUUGAUGGCACAUACGUUGUCAAACUGGUGCCUUUAACGUAUCCCUAUGUCCUGAGUGAUUUGAACAACAUAAGCAAAGGUAUGAAUGGAAAUGUGAAGAAGGCAUUGCAGCUUCUAGGAAUAACCGUGCUUGAGGAUCUACCGAACUGGCUGCCGAAAAGACAUUUGAAUGGUUAUGUUUCUCAGCUGAACCACUACGAACUCAAAAGAUGUUUCGAUACAAUUGAAGAGGACAAUGUUUUGGCUGUUCGUACUAUAUUCAAUAGCAAAGCAGAUGACGAAACACGGAAAGACUUCGUGAAAUACUUAUGUUACAGUGAAGAAGAUUACGGAAUGUCUUUUCUAGAGGAGCUUGAAAUAUUUAAAAUGAUAUCAAAAACCAAGGGAUGCGAGAAAUAUGCUAAGCUGAAAUUGGCAGGGUUUUUUAUCGAUAUAAAGACUGAAAAUAAACUACCUGGAGAUAUUGAUAUUCCAGUUCAGUGUUUUAGACGUGAUAAGACAAACAACAGAUUGAUCAAAAUGUUCAAUAUAACUGAAUUGACCAUGGAUGAAUUUGUAAGGAUGAAACUACGAGAGAUAACAAAGAGAGGGUACGCAUCGGACACUGACGACUUUAUAAAGUUUUUUUUGAAGAAUAUAAAGAUGUUUAAACCACAAACAGAUAUUAUUCAAAUGGCAACAGACAUCGCUUUUAUCAAACAUGAUAGCAAAUUAAAACGAGCAUCACAUUUCUUUGAUCACACAGACGAAAAUCUGAAAAAGCUUUUUUGGAAACAAGAUGUAUUUCUUCCAGAACAGGACUUCGAUAACCGGGCAUUCUUAGAUGGCUUAAGAACAAUUAGUUUGAAAUCCGUAAAGUGUGUCAGCGCAGAAGACAUGUUAGGCGUUGCACAAGAACUAGAUUCGUCUAAAAAAAGUGAAGUAUUUGAAGCUGAAAUGCAUGAUAAAGCCAACGCAUUUCUUAACACCAUCGAGAGCAAUCCAAAUCUUCUUCAGAACAUCGUGCAUGUUAGGAACAAAAUCACAACAAGCCUUGGAGAUGCGUUACGGAAACUACAGUGCUUUCCUUGUAUAAGCAAUGUCAUUGGCAAUGUAGAGUACCCCAAAGAAUUGCUAUUUAAAGAUUUAAAACACCUUUAUUGUCCACCUGAUUUACGAGAUGCUCAAUACAGUAAGCUGAUCGGUUCAAUAAAGCCUUUGAUCAAUUCGAAUUGCAAAGAGCUUGCAGAAUUUUAUGAAUGGACUAAACCGCCUUCCAUUGAGGACCUUAUUAAUAACCUGAUUGUUGUCAGAGGGAAAUGCACUAUUGAUACUCAACAUGAUGUCGCAAAAGUGACAAAGGGUAUAUAUUUAGAGUUAAGGGAGCAGAAAGACGAUGUUGUGAUUAAAAAAGAGAUAUUUGAAGAAAAUACCUUAAUCUGGACCGAAAAGGGAUUCAAGGGCCCAUCGCGCUCGAUCUUGAAGCACACUGUUGGCGAAAUCCUUCUUAGUCCGGUUUUCGAAUAUAUUCCUGACGACUUCCGCGACGUACACGGCCUUUUGGAAGCCUUAGGAAGUAACCUCAUUCAAGAUAAGCUUGUAUUAACGCAAUACCUGCAAGAAAUACAGACAAAGUAUCUAGAUGGCCAAUAUGAAGCAGCUGUUGUAUCUAAUGACAAAAAGCUUGUCAGCAAUGUUCUAGAAAAGUUAGCAAUGUUGAUUAAGAUAGAUGAAGCAGACAAAGAGUGGGUGGAACGAAAUGUGCUAAUAAUGAUCGACACAAAUGAAGAAUGUACAAUUGAAUUUGAUCAAAUUUCUAACUGUGCAUAUGACAAAGAAAGAGACAUGUUUGAUGAUUCAGAUGAAGAACAAAUUUUCAAAUAUGUUCAUCCAUUGUGUAUAGAACACGCAAUAAAUCUUGGAGUGAAGUCGGUUACACGCCAAUCAUUAAUGGAUGCUGAAGAUAUCGGGGUCAAAGAUUGGGGUCAAAACGAACGUUUGACAACACGACUAAAUCGGCUUUUGAAAGAGGACUAUAUUGAUGGUCUCUCUGUGCCUAAAGAACUCAUUCAAAACGCUGACGAUGCAGGCGCCACGGAAAUAAGCUUUCUUUACGACGAACGAGACCACAUAGGUUUUAGAAAACGUCUUAUAAGCAAGGAACUUUCAGAGUGUCAAGGAGCUUCGUUAUUUGUUUACAAUAACACAACAUUCUCCGAAGAUGAUUUCAAAAACAUAACACGCAUAAACGAAGGAACAAAACAGCAUGACACCUCAACAAUUGGAAAAUUCGGUCUUGGAUUUUGUUCUGUUUACAAUUUAACAGAUGUUCCCAGUUUUGUUUCAGGUCGAAAUAUGGUCAUUUUCGAUCCUCACGAGAGGUAUUUGGACGAGAGCAACCCCAAAAAGGGGAUAAAGAUACCUUUGUCUAAACGCACAUUGGUUAAGAGGCAUGUCGAUCAGUUUAUGCCUUUUGAAGGUUUGUUCGGCUGUUCGAUCGUAGGUGAAUCAUUUACAUCAUUUGAGGGAACUCUAUUUCGUCUGCAGCUUCGAACUGCAGUCCAGGCCGACAAAAGCGAGAUUUCAAAAAGGGUUUACAACAAGGAUGAAGUUAUUGGGCUUCUAAACAUGUUGAGAAAACAUGCAGGCGACUUGCUUCUAUUUUCACAAAAUGUGACGACUAUAAGAAUUUUCCACCUGCGAAAAGAUUAUGUCUCUUCUGACGAGGUAAAGCCUGUGUUUGAGAUGAAUAAAAGCAUAAUAGGUGAUACAUCUAGUCUUAAGGACAGAUUCUCAGUAUUGAAACUUUGUUCACAGACACAUCAAACAGUUGAACAUGUUCAAGUUGUCUCACUUGUAACAAACGUCUCUAAUCCAGAGCUUUUUGAAUCCUGCGAAACAGAUAAUUAUGAAGAACGAUUUGUCAUAUCUUGGUAUAAAUGUUCGACAGAUGCACGUCAGUGUACCGAGGAAACAGCCAUUCCUGUAUCGGCAAUAGCUAUUCCAGAUAUCUAUUCUAAGACGGGAGUACAUCGUUCAUUAUCUGAUGUAAGACAGGGAUUCUACAAAGAAGGGCAUUUGUUCUGUUUUUUGCCUUUGCCAGUGAUAACAAAGUUGCCUUUCCAUAUAAAUGGAUUAUUUAGCGUUACUUCAAAUAGACGAUGUUUAACUAUUGCGACAGAUGAUGAUAAGACGGUUAAUUCGUAUCAAUGGAAUGACAACUUACUUUCAACAUGCACCGUUCAAUCAUUUGUGAACUACUUGCGUUUCUUAGGCAAUGAAGACACAUUUGGUUCGACGGUAUCUGACACGCAUUAUUACGGAACUUGGCCAGAACCUGGGGAAAAAGCAGUCGAACCGUUUGUUAAGGCAUUUUACACGACCGUCUUGCAAGAUAAUCCAAGUGAAUUGCAAUAUGGCCCACGUGUAUUUAGAAGCAAGGAAAGCCAAUCAUACUUACCGUUCAGUAGUAUUUUAGUGCUCGGCAAAGCAAUACGAAACAAUACAACGGUAAACGCAAUCGCGUUUAAAUUUUUGAUAUCUGUUCCUAUUCCUAAUGAAAGGAUUGUAGUGAAUUUGCCUACAAAACAGCUCGAUAUUCUGAUUUAUUAUAAUCGCAAUGCUUGUGAAAAUGUUUUAAUAACGGAGAAAAUGUUGUAUAUUCAUUUGCUGGAAAACAUGGCGAAUGAAUAUUGGAGAGGAAAAACGGAUGAGCGCAAUGUAAUGCUGCGGCAUGCAAUCUUAUGCCAAAACGGAUUCGUUCAAGAACGGUUAAAACGUGUUUCCUGUAUCCCAACUCAACCCAAUGAACGUUUUAAAAGAAUCGAAGAACUUAUUCAUCCAGAUAAGGACUUGGCAAGACUGUUUGUAGAAAGUGAAGAAAGAUAUGUGAUUAAAACCAAUGGAUUAAGAGAUGAAAAGGUUCUUUACGAAUUAGAAAGAUUAGGUAUGAUGUGUGAUACAUUGACUGACGAAUUAUUGAUAGACAGAUGUAAAAGUAUAGAAGUGUUUUCACAAAAAUGCUCACAUUGCACUUUGCUACGUAUAGAUGCGGUUAAAAAGUACUUAAAUAAACAUUUGUCGAAUAUAAACCCAUCGCUUGCUGCAGUAAUUCGAGGCAUAUUUAUUAUUCCUGUGCAAACAAGAUUGCCAGGAUGGAAAUUCUCAUUCCAAUCCGAAAAUAGAGAUGACUUGAAAAAAGUCACAACUCAUUUAUGCAACGAGCACAGGAUAUACAACACAUCUGUAAGAGCUCUGAUUGGGAGGCCAUGUUUUUUAUACGAAAGCCGCCUUGUGCAUGAAAUUGGAUCCGUUGAAUGUGUAGUAAAAAGUUGCUUUGAAAUAAAGCAAGAAUUAUCAAGUUUUUUAGGCAUUAGAUCGCAGGAGAGAAUAACUGUAAAUAUGUUGUUGCAGCAAUUAAAUGUGUUAGCCGACGAAUAUAAAGGUUCGAAGGAAAGUGAUAACUCAGUAACUAGUCAAAUAGUGAAGCAGGUGUACUCUAGAUUGGAUAACAAGUUGACGAAACCAUCGUUGCAGGAAAAUCUGGAAUGUGUAAGUGAAAACAUGUCAGGUGUUUUUAAUAAGAAGAUUAUUAUGUAUGGAAAAUCAUUUUACAGCGUGAAACAAGUCGCGAUGAGCAUGGAAACAGAUUGCAAGCCGGAACUUUGCCUUUUGCAAAAUUUGUCGGAUUUAGAAUUGCGAUUGUUUAAAAAAUUAGGUGUAAAAGAACACUUCAGUAAGGAAGAUAUAAUUGCGGUCAUGGAAAGUAAACGUUUAUUGUGGAAAGACAAGUCAUGCAAAGGCAAAGAAGUAAAAUUAAUAAUAAACUUGCUUAGAAAUUUGCAUUCAAUUAUGGAAAUUGAACAUGUGAAGAUAGAGGAUCUACAGAAACACAAGGAUUUCAUCGUUGCACCGGAUGAAAAUAAUGUUCUAGCCCCCACUUAUGAGCUAGCAUUAGAAGACCAAGCCGUUCGAUGGUCCAGAAAGGUCAGACUAGUACACGGUGAUGUGCCUCCAAAUAUCGCGAAAGCUGUUGGAGUCCAAACAAAAAAAACAAGUUUAAUAAAACGUUUUUCGAAAGGAAUAUUUUCUUUUGGGCAAAGAGAAAAGCUGACCACACGAUUAAAUGGUUUACUUAGAGAUUAUCCUGGUGAUACCAGUAUUUUUAAGGAGUUUAUUCAGAACGCUGAUGACGCUGGUGCGACUGAAAUAAAUUUCAUCAAGUUCUUUCGAACUCAGAAUAUAGCACAUUCAAUCGGACGAAACCAAGUCUUAGGCCCAGCAUUGUGUAUUUACAAUAAUUCACAUUUCAGUGAUAGUGAUUUAGAUGGCAUUAGAAAUUUAGGAAUCGGAAGUAAAACUGAUGAUCCAACAAAAACUGGACAAUACGGUUUAGGGUUUAACGCAGUUUAUCAUAUCACAGAUACACCGUCGUUUUACACUAAGGGCCCUGGCUUAGGAAAAGAAGGAGUUCUUUGUAUAUUUGAUCCCUUGUUUAAGGAUAUACCUGAUACAGAUGAACCCGGAAUAAAGUGUGACAUCGACGACAUGGAUGACGAAUUUAAGGAUAUUUUGAAAGGAUAUCCAGGAAUGAAGUCUGAUGUGGGAACAAUGUUUCGUUUACCAUUGCGGCAAGAAAAGUCAGUUAUUAGCGUGCAUUGUUUUGGUGAUUCUGAAAUUGAUAAAUUACUCGGUCUGCUUCAGAUGGAGGCUAGUACAUGUCUUCAGUUUUUGAAAAACCUUAAAUCCAUAGCAAUAUCAACUUACAUGGAUGGUGAGGUGAAAAACGAUUUUAUUGUUGAAGCCAAAUUGACGGAGUCGGAUGAAAUUAAAAGAAAACAAUAUUUUCAUGAUGUAAAUAUAGUUUGUAAAAAGAACAUUAAUGACAAGUAUGAAAACAUCUUAGAAGAUAGAUUUUCUGUGACGUACAAUCUGUCUAUUGUUGAAAACAAUCAACCGAGCAAACGCUGGCUUGUUUGUAAUCAGUUUUCAAGCGAUACCAAACCAGACGAGGAAGAUUCUUCUUGUAUACUUAGGCAAGCAUUCGCCGAUGGCGAUCUUGGUUUAAUGCCAACUGUAGGAAUAUCCAUACCAGUGUAUGAAAUAGGAUUUUCCGAACCAACUGAAGGUUAUAAAGCUUUUUGCUUUUUACCAUUGCCUAUACGAACAGGUCUGCCUUUUCACGUUAAUGGCCAUUUUUCAAUAGAUCGGGGACGACGGAUGUUAAUCAACAGCGGUGUUGGCGAAUCAUGGAACAAAUACUUGUUGUCGGGUUUACUGCCGGAGGCUUUUUGUACAUCACUUCUUGAAGUACAGAGCAUACUUUGUAAAGAAGGGAUGACUGAGGCAACACUAAAGGAAAGAUUGGGGCUGUACAAUGCCAUUUUUCCAAGAUAUUUAUUUGCAACAGACAUUAAUUGGGAAUACUAUGUACAGAAUAUGUACAAAAUGAUUUUGGAUAAAAAGUGUAAAUUGUUUCCGACUCUGUUCUCAUCUGAUUCUCAAGACAAAACACAUGAUUUUAAAUUGCUAUGGACGCAUUUAGCCCGAAGUGAAGAUGAUAAGACAGGAGGUAUUUUCUAUACAAUGCAUUCCAUGCAUAAGGUGUUGCCAGUGAAGUCUAUAAUGAUGAGAAUCGGAAUGAAAAUUGUAGAAAGUUCCGACAUCGUUAAACAAUCAAUAGAGGAAGUGAAUUUAAAAGUGUUUAGCUGCUCACCUGGCUUGGCAUUGAAAUACAUUCUUGAAACCGAUGUGAAAAUAAGUGGUCUACACAUAGAGCAAUCAUGCUUCACUUCGGUCGAACAUUUUAAAAAACUGAUUUCUUUCAUAAUUAGGUGUAAUCAAUUCGAAAGAGUUGCGGAAGGACUGCCACUCUGUCUGACCCAAGACCAAUUUCUUCAAAAGUUUGAUUCAAAUAAUCCGGUAUUUUGCUCGAUGUAUGUUUCCCUAAUACCUGGAUCUUCAAAUGAAUUCAUGCACAAAGAUAUACUCAAUAUUCCGACACUGGACAUAAGUUGGUUACCUAGUGAUACGAAUAGCACAAAUUGGGAAUUGGACAUAAAAAGAGGAUUAGAAUCAAUGAUAGCAUCCGUUUUAAACCCAGUUAAACUGAUAUCGUGUCUCAACAUAUACAAAGAGAAACUGCAAGGCAGGGUAACACAUCUUGAAGCAGUCGAUAUACUUGGAUACAUUUCAGAAAGGAUAGCAGCUUCGAAUUGCCAUGCCGAUCUUGACUUCAUGAUACGGUCACUGCCAUUGUAUGAGACAGUAUUCGGGGAUUUAAUAAGUAUUGAAAACGUGAAUAAUGUUGUUAUUUUAUCUAAAAGAAUUCCACCAAAUGGAAUGAAAGAAAUUGCCGAGGCUACAAAUACGACGUUCGUGAUGUUUCAUGAAAGAUAUUCCUAUCUAUUGAAACAGUUUUCCCCCAGUCUUGAAGUCGACGGUCUAUAUGCAGAUAUAAUUGUGCCCAAUUUCCGAGCUAUUCCCCCGAAACACCAACUUAAACAUCUGGAAUAUAUCAGAGAUCAUAUUUGUAGAGAUGGUACAGAAGCUUCGUGGUCUAAGCAGCAAAUUCUUCGUCUUCUCACGAACAAUCCAUUUAUUCAAAUUGGAAAUCGAAAGCGACGUGUUAACGAGUUCUAUAGCCACAGACACGCGGUAUUUGCUAAAAUGCUUACUGAUGAUGAAUUUCUUCCAAAGCAUUUACGAACAGAUGAAUGGAAGAAGUUCCUAGAUGCCUUAGGACUUAUCACGAUGCCAACACAGCAAAAAGUGUUAGAGUUUGCAAAAAGAAUUGCGCUAGAUUCAGCAUCAAAUGCUGAAUGGAACACAGACAUUUUGAAGGAAAAAUCGCAAACAUUAACUUUGUUUAUUUUAACUGCUGGACGUGCUUUUUUUAGUUCAAGCAACCUUCAAGAGCUAAAAAAUAUAAAGUUUGUUAAAUCGCAUGCAGUUGACGAUGAGAGACGCGCUUUAUAUCACUCGUUUACCAAGUCGAAUGAGUUUAUUUGUUUUAAUGGGUCAACAACAUCCGACUGGCAGGACAUAUGUUGGUCAAGUACACCUAUUUUGCACAGUGACAUUCAUAUCAGUUCAGAUCAACGUCGUCAAGAACUUGGUGUGUUGACAUAUCCGUCAGUAGAAAGGGUUAUUGUGCACAGUCAUAAUGUAACUGAAGUAUUUCACAACGAAUUCAAAAGGAAAAUUUCGAAGACGCAUGACAAAAUGAAGUUCAUCACUCCACUCUACGACUUUUUCAUGAAACAUCUAAACAGCCCCGAGUUAGCAAAAUUAAGAAAUUCAUAUUUUGUCCAUAUACCUAACGAGGCUAUGAUAAGAGCCGAUAUGGUGUUUGGAAUCUCCGCGUCAGAAAGCACCGAGAUCAAGCCAUAUUUGUAUGAGCUACCGAAACCCUUAGGCAAAUACAUAGAAUUAUUUGAAAAACUCGGAACGAUGAGUCGUGUUUGUAGAUCACAGUUUGUAAAUGUGCUGGGGUCAAUAAACACCGAGUACAGUGAUCAAACGUUGCCACCCCAAGUACUUAAAAAGGUUGCACAGACAAUAACACUUCUAUUCAAACUUCAUGGACCACUUGAAGAUAAUCAUUCAAAGUUGUUUCUCCCAAACAAAGAAAUUAAACUGAAAGAAUCGUCAAGUCUCACUGUCUGUGACAAUAACACAUACGAGAAUAUUUUAAGAGAUGUUGCUGACAUUGACUACUUUCUUGGAUUCAAGGAAAUGGAAAUAAAAAAGUUUACAGACUCACCUGCAGUGUUUGAAUCCUUACCAGAUUCUAUGCAGCCGUGCUUCUUAAGCAAGGACGUAAGAGAAAGUGUGUCGUUAGAGUCGAUUGAAGUUGUUGAAUCACUUGUGUCUUAUGAUUGGCAGUACUUUUUACGUAGCGAUUGUUUAAUUAAUGGAAUAAUUAGGCUCAUUCGUGAUCAGUGUGGAUUAACCAAGGGACAACCAACGACUGAUUUAGAAGAUAGAUCAAGAAAAAAAUUGAAAAAUGUCCGCAUUAAUCAAGUGAAUGGAUUACAAACAAACGUGUCAUACAAAGGCAGUGUGUUGGAUGGGGUAAGUUUGCAACGGAUAUGCUUUAUAAAGAAUAUAAAUUGUAUCAAUGGAAACUCAUCCUUUCAACUGUACUUUGACUCUAGGGGCGCUACAGAUGAGACAAUGAUAAUUUCUGAGGAAGACGGAAUUUUUUAUUUAGUACAAAAAUGCACUGAUCAUAUUCUGGACAAGGACAAGUGUUUUAUCAUGAGUGCAUUAUUAAACUACAGGAAUACCCCUGACCGAAUUUCUGAACUGCUUGAUAGAAGUAAGAUAGCACAAAUUGAUUUGAAUUCUUCCGUAUUUCCAAAGCCUGGUACCUACGUAAAUCCAGAAUUUUACCCAUUUCUAGUCCAGGAAAUAGUUCCUUUUGACGAGCAUGAAUUUGAAUUCGUAGCUAUGGAAGUGGAAUAUGAAGAUGAUGAAAAUAAUGCAUAUAUUUACGUCCAUAUCAUAAGUCAAAUACCAAGACUUGAGGGAUGUUCAAACAUAGCUUUACAUUACAAAGUAAAUGCUGGCGAAAAUAGAGGUUUCAUCAAAGUGCCGAUAUUCAAACUUUAUCGUUUCGUUUCCCACAAUUCUCAAAAUACUAAUAGAGAAGUGGAACUGUAUGAUACACAAAAUAUAAUCUCACUACCUUUCGAUGAAAAUUGCCGUAGAUUGAAAGAACUUCUUACUGAGGCAUUUCGGAUGUGUGAAAACGAUAGAAAGAUAUUGAUAAAACGAUGUCUGUUUAGGUGGCAUCCUGACAGAAACCCAGGUAAAGAAGACUAUUCCAGCAAAAUGUUCAACUAUUUGAAAGAACUUAUCGUUGAAUUAGAGAAAUGCGAACUUUCUGCCAGAUUCGGUGAAGCUUUUUCUUCAAAUAUGUUUCGAUCAAGGUACAGCAAUUUUAGUACGAGGAUUGAACGCAAAGGUCAGGUAUUUGCUCAAACAUUUCGAAAUGGAAGACGCAAUUACCACUCGUUUUUCUACAGGGGCUUUGAUACUGGCAGCAGUAAAGAGUACGUUCCCGUCCCAAAUAUCGGAGAAGCGAAACGAUGGCUACGCCAAGCGAAAACGGACUUUCAAGUCGCGAGUGGUAUGCUUGCAAAUCCCGAAGAGGGAUUCAAAGGGUUCAACUGGAUUUGCUAUCAAUUACACCAGGCAUGUGAAAAGGCGCUUAAAGCUGCCAGAUUUUCCAGAGAUGCCAAUCGAUGCCAGCGAUGGUCACAUAAUCUAUGCAGCAUUGCAGAUCGAGUUGAGAGUGAUGACAUUAAAGAAAAGGUAAGAGUGUUCGAAUCACGCCUUAACAUAUCGGGCAGCCAGUACUUCCGACUUCGGUAUCCAGAUGCCGUUGAAAUGGACAAGCUGCCUUCUGACGUAUUUAGUUCAGACGAUGCCGCAUUUGCAAAGGAAACUGCUCAAGAAGUUAUAGCGUUCGUGGAGGACUACAUAGAGUAAAUUAUUUAAACCAUAUGCCCAUAAAAUUAUGUCAAGAGAACAUUAUCUACCAGACGGCUCGAUGUUUGGUCAUCGAAAUAUCGCAGUUAUGAAAAUAAGUGUCGUUGACAUUUAGAUAUCUAUUCUUGUUUUGUUUUCUAUAGGACAUAUGUGUUAGCAUUCUUCAUUAUUAUAUGUGUAAUGUAUAUGUUGGUGAAACGAUUUUGCA